GCUGUUUCCGCCGCCCGCUCGGCUAUUUCCGGUUUUCUUCCGCACGCCGCGCGGCCCUCGGCUGUUCCCGCCGCCAACGCUCGGCUAUUUCCGGAAAAGCACAAGCAGGAUAAGCUUGAAAAGUCACUAAGUUUCCUGCAACAACAAAUGGAGGAGGUCUUUCGGAGCCAGAAUGAAGAAGAAACAAAUAUGAUCCAGCUCAAGAAAAUGGCGGAGAGCCUGGAGCAGAACAUUGCGGCUGAGUUCACCACGUUGCACCAAUUCCUCAACGACGAAGAGGAACUGAUGAAAGGGAAGCUGAAAGACGACGUGGAGAGGCUGACCAGGCUGCUCAGGGAGAACCUGCAAAGAAUUACUGAGAAGCGGGCUUCCAUUGAAUGCACCAUCCUGGAAAUCCAGCAAAGGCUCAAUGUCCAGGAGACGGCCUUCCUCGCGGAUGUUAAAUCUCUCAUUGAAAGGUCCUACGUGAAGUUUAAGAAACCAGCCGAGGUUCCUCUCAACCUGCUCCUUGGUGAAUUUGGCGGGCCCCUACAGCUCAUCGUGUGGAGGCGGAUGUUAAGUGUCAUCAGUCCAGACUCCUGUCCCCCUCCUGACGGCUUGCUUUCUGACCUAUGUACCAUCUUGAAAUUUGACUACAAUGCAAUUGGUUCCUUCAUCCAAGCCAUUAAUAUAAAUUGUAAACAGUUGAGGUUUCAGAACCAGCCGCUUUGGCUCUCCGAUGUUGCAGUUUGCCAACUUGAAAAUGAUCCGGAGAUCCCAAUUCGCAAAACAAUGCUCCCUAUUAUUCCAUCCACAGGACCACGAGUUGUUAUCUCAUGCAGUCUGCUUUGUGAUGCAAUGGGGACACCAACGGCUCAAGUUCAAUUCCCAUAG